CGUAUCCAAGUGCGCACGUCAUCAUCGUAAUUUCAGUCAAAUGCGAAGCCAAUUUUUGUGACCGGCCAACGCUUUAAUCCGGCGAGUGGAGUGUCUCCUUUGUUUUCCCUCCCAACUCCUUCCAGUCCAGUCAUGAGUCCUGGCCCUUCCGGAGAGAAUAUGAAUUGAAUUGAUGAAUUCAAGAUGCAACGGAAGAAAGUGAGAACCGAAAUGAAGAACAUUUUCAAGAAGCUUCACAUAGGGAGCAACCACGAUCCUACUCCAUCCAAUGAAACCCCUCCCUCCUCCUCCUCCGCAGUAAACUCACAAUCGGGCGCCUCUGAUCUCCGUACAGCUCCUGUUCAGUAUUCUGGUACUCCUGUGCCUACUCCUCCUCCUCCUCCUUCUUCUUCACCAUCGCCUUCCCCUGCUGCUCCCCCAGCUGGCGGCACUUCCUCUGCGCCACUUCUUACGUCCAAUCUUCAAGACUAUUUCUCUUCGGAGGAGGAGUUCCAGGUUCAGUUAGCCCUAGCCAUCAGCGCUUCCAAUUCGGAGUUCCCGGAUGAUCCUGAGAAGGAUCAGAUCCGAGCGGCAACGAUACUGAGCUUAGGAGGUCAUCGAACUCAUUGCGCAACGAAUAAGGAUCACGAAGCGGAGGCACUCUCUAGACAGUACUGGGAAUACAAUGUUCUUGACUAUGAGGAGAGAGUAGCAGAUGGUUUUUAUGAUGUAUACAGCCUCUGUCAUGAUGCUGCAAUGCAGAAGAAAAUGCCAUCUCUGGCAGAUCUUGAAGGAAACCCUGGAAAUUCUGAAUUUGAAAUUGUCAUGGUUAAUAGAAAGAUUGAUCCUGUGUUGGAAGAGCUGUUGCAAAUUGCCCAUUGCAUUGCAUUAGACUGCCCAGUCACCAAAGUUGGUGUUUUGGUACAAAGGCUUGCUGAACUUGUUACAGGGCACAUGGGUGGUCCUGUAAAGGAUGCUAAUAUUGUAUUGGCAAAAUGGAUGGAAAGAAGUACAGAGCUAAGAACAUCUCUUCACACAAGCGUGUUGCCUCUUGGGUCCAUAAAUAUUGGGCUAUCCAGGCAUAGGGCUUUACUUUUCAAGGCAUUAGCUGACAAUAUCAAGAUGCCUUGUAGACUGGUAAAAGGUAGUCAUUACACUGGUGUUGAGGAUGAUGCUGUGAACAUAAUAAAGCUGGAUGAUGAAAGGGAGUUUUUGGUUGAUCUUAUGGCUGCUCCUGGAACACUUAUCCCAGCUGACUUAAGUGCGAAGGAUACUGCCUUUAAGCCAUACAAUCCCAAGAUUUUGCCAAGAUUACAAUCCAACAAAGAAAGUGGAUUUCCUUACUCAAGGCAGACGUCAUCUUAUGGUGAAGAAAGUAGUCAAAUUUCUGUGGAAAGAGGUGGUUCAUCACCAUUGAAUGGAAAAUUAUGUUUUGAGAACUCAGACAUAUCUUCAAAAAUGAGCUCAAGCAGAGACACCGGUGCCAGUGCUUCCAAAAUGUCUGAUAGAGCAACUUCCAGCCAACCAUCAACAGGCACUUCACUGUACAAGGGGACUCUUGGAAUGAAUACACUUGGUGAUGGGACAAGACUGAAUGUCAAUAUUGUACCCUAUGGUCCAGAUAGCCCAGACAACUCAAGGAGCCUUUUUGCAGAUCUUAACCCAUUCCAGAUAAAAGGAACUGGCAAGACCUCUGUACACAACAAGCCUAUGGAAAAUAAGUCUUCUGAGCUUCAAAAUACGAGAGAUAAUUCUGUCUCUGGCCAACCCUCAGGGCCAUUGAUGUGGAAGAAUCGUUAUGCUUACAAUGACAUGCCCAGAAAAGUUAACUGUGAUCCUAGUGAAUAUAGUAAUCAAUCAUUAUACAAUUCUAAUUAUAAUAUAAAUAAAGACAGAAGUACUCUCGAUCUGAUGGGAGUCACUGGUUCAGCAUUGGGACCUGGUGCAGGUGGGCUGAACAGGAUCAAGGAUCUCAAAGAGGACUGUAACAAAUGGAAUGGGGGAGGUUUUGAAAAUGACAUGGUAGGUGUGGCUAAAGAACAUGAAAACAAUGAAAUUAAUUUUCAUGACCGGAGAAAGUGCACUCAUGACAGAUUCAUGGGGAGCAAUUUGAAAUUAAAGGCCUCAGAGCGUCCUACCUCAUCAAUUGAUUCCAUUGCUAUUGGGGGUGAUCAAAUAUUGGAUGAUGUAGAUGUUGGUGAAUGUGAAAUUCCAUGGGAGGAUUUUAUUAUUGGUGAAAGAAUAGGUCUAGGUUCAUAUGGUGAGGUAUUCCGUGCUGACUGGAAUGGCACUGAGGUUGCUGUGAAGAAGUUUCUGGAUCAGGACUUUUCAGGCGCUGCAUUGGCUGAAUUCAAGAGAGAAGUACGGAUCAUGCGUCGAUUGCGUCAUCCAAAUAUUGUUCUUUUCAUGGGUGCUGUUACUCGUCCUCCCAAUCUCUCAAUCAUUUCAGAGUUUCUCCCAAGAGGAAGCUUGUACAAAAUUCUCCAUCGUCCUAAUUGUCAGAUCGAUGAGAAACGUAGAAUAAAAAUGGCUUUGGAUGUGGCAAGAGGCAUGAACUGCUUACACACCAGCAUGCCUACAAUUGUUCACCGAGAUCUGAAGUCACCAAAUCUUUUGGUUGAUAAUAACUGGAAUGUCAAGGUUUGCGAUUUUGGGUUAUCACGCUUGAAGCACAACACAUUUUUGUCAUCCAAGUCAACUGCUGGAACGCCUGAAUGGAUGGCUCCUGAAGUUCUCCGCAAUGAGCCCUCAAAUGAGAAGUGUGACGUUUACAGUUUUGGAGUCAUCCUGUGGGAGCUUGCCACUCUAAGGUUGCCAUGGAGCGGGAUGAACCCUAUGCAGGUUGUUGGUGCAGUUGGUUUCCAAUAUCGUCGCCUAGAAAUCCCCAAGGAAGUUGAUCCCGUUGUUGCAAGAAUAAUUUGGGAAUGUUGGCAACAGGAUCCAAAUUUGCGCCCCUCAUUUGCACAGCUUACUGUAGUUUUAAAGUCCCUGCAGCGUUUAGUUAUCCCAUCUCAUCAAGACCAGAUGGCUUCGCCUCUGCCACAGGAGAUUUCUGUAAAUUCCACCCCUUAGCAAUGCCACUUAUCUCAAGUGCGAAUAAGGAGACAUUCUGCAUCACUUCUGUGAGGAUAGCAAGCAUUACAGGGACAAAAACGAAGAAUUACAUGGCUCAUCAAAGAUGGUUGUGAAAAUAUUUGAGCUGAAAAAUAUAUCAAUUGCUGCUGCAGCGGCAGCAUCGGGCAGCAGAGCCAUUUUGUAAAUGUAAAAUCACUUUUGUCAUCAUAACUUGUACGAGGAACCAAUAACUGUAAUAUAUGUAAACUAAUUACUCCCGUCUCAAAUUUAAUGUAUCUACUACGAAGGAGGUAUUCUGUAAA